AUUCCAUCCCAUCAUACCAUCCUCUCUGCAACCCUGAAGUAACGCGAAAAAAAAAUCGCAUUUCUUCGUUGUGAUACCCGUCCAGAGAGAUCAGAACCUCUGAACUCAACAUAAACCGAAGCAAAAUGGCCACUGAGCGUGCUGCACCCCUCCGCCUGGGCUCGAUCGCCCCGAACUUCCAGGCCGAUACCACCAAGGGCCCCAUUGACUUCCAUGAGUUCAUUGGCGACAACUGGGUCAUCCUGUUCUCCCACCCCGAGGACUUCACCCCCGUGUGCACCACGGAGCUCGGCGAGAUGGCCCGCCUUGAGCCCGAGUUCGCCAAGCGCGGCGUCAAGCUCAUCGGCCUCUCGGCCAACACGUUGGGCAGCCACGAGGGCUGGAUCAAGGACAUUAACGAGGUCACGGGCUCGCUCGUCAACUUCCCCAUCAUUGCCGACAAGGAGCGCAAGGUGGCCUACCUUUACGACAUGAUUGACUACCAGGACACCACCAACGUGGACGAGAAGGGCAUCGCUUUCACGAUCCGCUCUGUCUUCUUCAUUGACCCCAAGAAGACGAUCCGCACUAUCCUGUCGUACCCGGCGUCGACCGGCCGCAACAGCGCCGAGAUUCUUCGCAUUAUCGACUCUCUGCAGACGGGCGACAAGCACAAGGUUACCACCCCGAUCAACUGGGUGCCGGGUGACGACGUCAUCGUCCACCCCACCAUCAAGGGCGACGAGGCCACCAAGCUCUUCCCUGAGAUGCGUGUCGUGAAGCCGUACCUGCGCUUCACCCCGCUGCCCAAGAAUUAAAUCAGAUGCGCCGAGCAGUGGUGUGAUCAGAAACGGGUGCUCAACUAUAUCGGAGCAAGGGAUGCGCAUGAACGAAAACAUGCGCCCUAGGGGUGUGGACCGCCCAAACUUAACACACGGGACCGGCGGAUGCUUGGAGGGGCGUUUUUAGGAGGGUAUGCCUUUUGCUUUCGUGUGUUGUCGAGUUCGCCCCGAAAUGUCACCAUCCAUCUCCUGACCACCUUUUCUCUCGCUCCCGGUUCUUCAAUUACUGCCACCGGCGAUUAAUCUUGUCUCCCCACGUUGGAUUACACUCGUGUGCUAGCGCUGCUUCCUGGCCUCCGCUGGCGACAGCUAGCAUAUAUAUGUAAGUAGGUACCUAACGUUAAGGGACUGUGUGCUGCUGAGCCGUUUAACAUGAUUCAACACGGUAGCGCAAAUUCAUCCUGUUAUGGACGUGAAUCGAAGCAAAACGCGCAUAUAUGCAGUUUGCGUCAGGGACUGCAUUCUUGUGUCAAAUCUGUAUGUGUUGCAGAGAUCAGAUAAAAUAUACGGAUUACAGUAUUCUUCCCG